AAGGAUAACAAAGAUGAGAAGAAAGAGUCCUACAAGUUACUCACCAUGAUCUACUUCCCGGCGGCUGUUGAAGCCGUUCAGGAGUCAAUUGCGGCCUUAACCUUGCUUUCUUGGAAACAAAGGGGCUACUGGCGUUGUCUGCGGAAGUUGGUGACCUGUCCAGUUUACCUGGCCUCUCCAUCUUGUUAUUCGAAACCACAUUGCCAACAAGCACCGAAGAAUCCGGCUCUGAUGUCUCCAAACUACUUCUCAGCAAUGAUGUACCCACAAAUCCAAGCUUAUAUGCAGCAGCAAUUGGCCAUGGCUUUUGCCGCGGGAGCCAUGAUGCCACUCGCAUUCCCCUCGUUCACCCCCAACUUCCCGUUCCUCAACCCGCUCGCCUACCUCAAUCAACACAGACCCCAAGGACCGGCG